AGGGGGGAGCUCCUGCUUGGCACACAGCGCCCCUGUGGCAGUGAGACUUUGACUGACUGACUGUCUGACGGAUGCUUCUGGAGGAAAACGCAGCUCCUCUGAUUCUUUUCACACCUUUUUCUCUGUCUCGUCUGUCAUCUCGGUGCGCUCUGAUGGUCCUCUAGCCUCUCCUUACCGCGUCUCGCCUCUUCAGCAUCGGAUUCUGCUUUUCUUUUUUUUUUACCUCCACCUAUCUCUCCCCCCUUCUCUCCUUCUUGACUGGCCGAACCGGGGCUGAUCCCAGCCAACCUGGGCCGGGCCGUGGGGCUUUUCUGUGAGCCUUAUAGCUGAGAGUCGGCACACCCGAGAUGCGCGCUUCGGGAGCCGGGAUUUGGGCUCUCCCCUCGGCUCUGGGGACCUCUGGCUCGUGGCAGUGCCUCUGGUGGUGGGUCGUGACGGUCGGGGUGACUGUAAGCUCGGGAGAGCCGUGGAUGUCCACGGAGCCAUGCGCCUCCACUUGCUCCUGCAGCAGCAGCAGGAUCUCCUGCGUGGAUCCGGAGCGGGGGAUCAGCGCGUUCCCUGUCCUGCAGAGCGAGGCGGAGAUGGAGAACAUCACCGACAUUUACAUCGCAAAUCAGAGCAGCUUCUCCUCCAUUAACGACAAAGACCUGCACUACUACAAGAACCUCAGGAACCUAACGGUGACCAACAGCAGGCUGACAUAUGUAUCGAAGCUGGCGUUUCAGAGCAACUUAAAGCUACAAUACCUGAAUUUGAAAGACAACAACUUGUCAUCCCUCGACUGGAGGGUAUUCAAGCACCUCAACAUCUCAUAUCUAAUCCUGUCAGGGAACCCUCUGCAUUGCUCCUGUGAGAACAUGUGGAUCAAGCUGUGGUUAGGAGAGGAAGCACAGGACCUGCGCUGCAUAGAGGAUGGAGGAGCUCGCAAGCCACUGUCAAGACUGACACUGCCUAACUGUGAGGUUCCGAUGGCAACGCUGAGCCCACCCGCAGUGACUGCCAGGGAGGGGGAAAAUGUGGAGCUGUUCUGUACAACCUCUGGCAUGCCUUCGCCUGAACUAAUCUGGAAUAUGUCACUGGAUACUAACUGCGACAUCGAGACAUCUGGCCAGGUUUCAGUGAUGCGGCUCUCUAACCUGACAUCAAUGGACCAUAGCAAGAAGAUCAGCUGCACGGCUGAAAAUAUUGUUGGAGGGAGGGAGUCCUCUUUACUGCUGGACAUACUUUUUAAACCGAUAAUCACAAAGCUGAGUGACGCUAUCCCAGACCAUCACUGGUGCAUCCCCUUCAGCGUAGCAGCAAACCCAAAACCUACGUUCCGGUGGUAUCUGAACCAUAAAGAAAUUACAGAAGGGCAGUACAUUGUGACGAUGAUCCAUGACAUCACAGAGAGAGAAUACCACGGCUGCUUGCAGCUGGACAGCCCCACACACCUCAACAACGGGCUCUACACCCUAAUAGUUGAAAAUGAGUUUGGCAAAGACAAAAAGGAGAUCAAUGCUCACUUUAUGCUCCAGCCAGAUGUAGGUCCUUCAGAACCUUCAUACUAUGGUCCUGAGGAUGUAACCUCAGAGACUCCUCCUCAAGACCCACCUGAGGACAGAGUUGCUGUAUACGUAGUAGUGGGGAUUGCUGCUGUAGCCUUUACUGGUUUCUUGCUGAUGCUGGUUAUCCUCAAAUUUGGAGGGAAUUCCAAGUUUGGCCUCAAAGGUCCAUCUUCAGUGAUCAGCAACGAUGACGACUCAGCUUCUCCACUUCAUCACGUCUCCAAUGGCAGCAACACUCCCUCUUCCUCAGAGAUGGGCCCGGAUGCUGUCAUCAUUGGCAUGACCAAGAUCCCGGUGAUAGAAAACCCUCAGUAUUUUAGAAACACCAAUAGCCUGUUGAAGACUGACACAUUUGUGCAGCACAUUAAAAGACACAACAUCGUACUCAAGAGAGAACUUGGAGAAGGAGCCUUUGGAAAAGUUUUCCUGGCUGAGUGCUAUAACCUUUCACCUGACCAAGAGAAGAUUCUGGUCGCUGUCAAGACACUUAAAGAGGCCAGUGAAAAUGCCAGGAAGGAUUUCCACCGUGAAGCAGAGCUGCUGACCAACCUGCAGCAUGAGCACAUCGUCACGUUCUACGGCGUUUGUGUGGAGAGCGACCCUCUUAUCAUGGUGUUUGAGUACAUGAAACACGGAGACUUAAACAAGUUCCUCAGGGCUCAUGGACCAGAUGCAGUGCUAAUGGCAGAAGGCCAAACCACAAGACCUGUGGAGCUAACACAGUCUCAGAUGCUGCAUAUUGCUCAACAGAUAGCAUCUGGCAUGGUUUACCUGGCAUCACAGCACUUUGUGCACCGUGACUUAGCCACUAGGAACUGUCUGGUGGGCGAGAACCUGCUGGUAAAGAUUGGGGACUUUGGCAUGUCCAGGGACGUCUACAGCACAGACUACUACAGGGUAGGUGUUGGAGGUCACACCAUGCUGCCAAUUCGCUGGAUGCCCCCUGAAAGCAUCAUGUAUAGGAAGUUUACCACUGAAAGUGAUGUUUGGAGUCUUGGAGUUGUUCUUUGGGAGAUCUUCACCUAUGGGAAACAACCCUGGUACCAGCUUUCCAAUAAUGAGGUGAUAGAGUGUAUAACUCAAGGCAGGGUGUUGCAGCGUCCGAGGACCUGCCCCAAGGAAGUAUACGACCUGAUGCUGGGCUGCUGGCAAAGAGAGCCACACAUGAGACUCAACAUUAAAGAAAUCCACGGUCUGCUCCUCAACCUGGCCAAGGCCUCACCUGUUUACCUAGAUAUAUUGGGCUGAACAAGAAAAGGAUGAAACACAGUUUAUGGUCUGUGUGUGUGUGUAAGUAGUGUGUGGGGAUAUAUUUAAAUGUAAAUGUACAUUUAAAGUUUUCAUGCAUGUGUACUGUAUGUGAGCCAAGAUGGGCAUUGUAAUACUUCAGAAUGAAGUGUUUGAUGCUUGUGUGCGCGUGUAUGUCUAGGUAUGUCUCUGUGUGUAGAAGGUGUAACUGUACAGGAUCUGAACUCACUUUAAGGCAAUCAAGAAAUACUCCUUCAUCUCCAUCCUCUUUCCUAACGGGCAAUUUUCUCACCUUUUGUGCAAACCGACUCAUUCUUGCUUUUCACCAGGGAGAUUUUCAUGAAGAGCGAUUUAACUUUGAAGCUUCCCUGCCCCCCUCUUGUUCAGAUGCUUUAAACUCACUGGGGCUCGACUGAUGAAAAAACAAACAAACAGAUGAAUGACACUUCAUCAAAUGACUUAUCCUUUUGCUGCCUGUCAGACUACAGAACAUGUUCAAACAUCUGCUGAAGCUCAAGGCCGAGGAGUGGGAGAAAUUUUUUUGAAAGCUCCAACCUUUGGUUGUAAAUACGAGACUGAUGGGACACUUUGGUGGAAGUGGCUCCGUGGUGCCGAGCCGUAAAGACACUGUGUUAUCCUUUUUCACCCUCGGUUGUCUCCAUCUCCCUCUCUAACAUGAGGAUUACCGUCAGCAUUUAACCAGCAGGACUACACAAGCAAUGAUCGAGACAUUGGUAUGCAUGUGGGAAAUUGAGCAUGACAUAACUAUGCUAGAAAGGAGAAGCAAACACAAUCUGCUUCCCUGCCUGUCAGAUUCAAUUUAGAAGGUGUGUUAAAGAGAUCAUUUCUGGAUGGCCGAUUUUACUGAUGCACAAAAGAAUCGGUAACAACACAGCUGUAACUGACUACUGUGGUGACUAAAUAUUUUAGAGAUUAUACUAGGGUACUGACAAACAUUGGUUUUUGUUGUGUGUUACAUUUUUUUUCCCUCAGGCCUGACUUGUAAUGUCAUACAGAGCAGGGUAAUAUGAUAACUGCUCCACCCCAAACCACCUAAGUGACAGAUGCUCCACUUGUGAUGUCAAGUACUUGUGUCGGAGGUCAAUUGAUUAAUUUGUCCGCAGCUGUCUGACAAUCGCAAAAUCAUGGUGUUGGGGGACGUUAAGGGUUGGUUGGUGGUGGAUUGGCGGGUGUAAAGUCUGCUGAGGGAGACUGGGUUUUGAGGGGUCAGUCCCUGGUCAAACGUGUGGGUGGCUGCCUGCAGAAGGUGUGGUUCAUCUGGUCAACCCCUAUUAAAUCGUCUAAGCUCUCAGCACUCCAACAUUCUUAAAAACCGCAUCUUGUAGGAGGAACACACCCACACAUAUCUAUCAUAUACCUCCUCCCAUCACCCCUCCAUCCCCACACCCACUCACUGAAAGACACUCAAAACGGGCCGAGAAGGAAAUUGAAUUGUACAUGUUUUAUUAUUUGAGCUGUGCAGUGCUUUAGCUGGGCCUCGUCCUCUGUAAUGGUGUAAUGUAUAUUUCAUUACAGCUAAUGGGCUCCAUUAGCACAGUCUCCUCACAGACAUUCAAGACUUAUUGUUUUAUGUCCGAGAAGAAGGGAUGGAGGGAUGGAAAGGUGAAGGAGAAGAAAACAGUUAGGCUCGCUGGAUUUAGGAGUCACGACGGGGAGGGAUUUGGGCCGAUGUAUUAACGUGUACCGGAAAGCUAUUGAGAUGAGUAUAGAGGGGAAGCAAGUAAGCAAGAAGAAGGGGACUGGAGACAAAAAAAAGCAAAAUGGAGGAAGGAGAGAGGUGAGGAUCUCCUCUGGGAGAGAAGAAGUGUGAACAUCCAUUAUUACUGUCGCCGGAAGAUAUUCGGUAAACCACAACUUCAGAUUUAUGCUUCACAUUCCUACAGCUGCUUCAACCACAGACAGCACACACAACCGUACACUAAACUGUCGACCAGGGUUUCUGCAGGGUGUAAAAAAGUUAGCAUAAUUCCUACCUGUAUUAAUGUAAUUAAAGGCAUCAUGAUGUAUUAAAUGCUGUCAGAUUUCCCACAGCAUAUCUUAAAUUACAGUAGGUUUCGUCAAAAUGUGAACCAUCACUGAUUAUUUUUUUCUAGAAAUUUAAGGAUUGUUUUCUCUUAUAAGAUGUUUCAUUUCAUUGCACCAUGAUUUGUUGUGCUGACAAUGAUAUAGGGCUACAACUAACAAUUAUUUUUUCAAAUUGGUUAAUCUGUUGAUUAUUUUUUCGAUUAAUCAAUUAAAUAUCGGAUAGCCAAACAUUCUUUAAAGAAGAUUUUUUAGUUAAACCAGAUGAAACUAAAACUUUUCCACUUGAGGAGUUCUGGAUAGAGCAUAUGACAGAGACAUUUUUUUCUAUUUUAAAUGCAAAAUGUUUAUAUAUAUUUUUUUUACAAUUGUGGUAUAAUUACUGCUCUAAGUGGGUUGCUCUGUCCACUAGAGGCAUCUUUUACAGUCUCUAAAGUCCAGUUACGAUUAAUCGAUUACUAAAUUAGUUGACGUUUAUUUUAUUUAUCAAUUGAUCACGAAUAAUCCGAUUAAUUGUUUCAGCCCUACUGUAAUAAAACUUCAAACCCCACAAUGCAAAGAAGCCAUAAGUCCCAUGGAAGGAAUUUGUCUUUAGAUAUUCCACCUUUCUUGGAAAACGCACUAGUUUUCUGUUAAUGAAGUUCAUCUAGUGGAUUAAGAUUUCGUAUUUUGGUAAUUUAAGGAAAUAAUUUUUUUGCACAGCAUGAUAAAGUCACAGGGCUAAUUAAUAGCCCAUAAAAAUUAACAAAACAAAACAAAAAAAGAAAGAUAUGUUACAACUUAAACCAUUAAAUAGGUUAGGUAUGUGACAAAAUGACCGGGGAGGUUUCCAGAAUAAACUUUUCAUGAUCAUCUCAGGGGGAGAAUUUGAGCAGAGAAGCAUCUACUGUAAAUGUUGCUUCACUUUGUUUAUUUCUGUUUAGUAACCUGAGACAUUAGUAAAUAGAUCCUAAUGUAUCGAUAUUAGAUUAGCAACUCAGAAAUUCUCUAGACCCCAAAACUAUUUCAUGUCAAAAACAAAUCUUUGUUUCUGCUUUAUUAUAAAUGAAAUGCUGAGCAAUUAAUGUUCUGAUAUUAAAUACAUGUCAAUGUUAUCCCUCUAUGAAAUUCUGGUCAUAAGGUAUGACCAAAAAUGUAAAGCUGUAUGUCAUCAGCAAAUAAGUGAUAAAUAUACUCUAUAACCUGAACCGGAGAUAGCAUAUGAUACUGAAUAAAAAUGGUCUAAGAAUGGAGCCUUGAUGAGCUCCACAUCUGUUCCUUGUUCAUUCAGGUUUAUAACACAAAGCAGCCUCAGUCUUGUUAAUCUAAACAACACCACUUACUUUCUGAGGUAGUCAGCCAGGAUGUUUUGCUUAACCAUGUUUAGGUCCUAAAUACAGCAACACAUAAGCUUUAGAUGCAUGCAUUUUAGAUAUAUCUCAUUUAAAACCAAACCUUACCUGUGUAGUCUGAAUGCCUAAGUGUAGUCAAAAACAUGACUGGAAAGAAGUGAAGAGAAUACAUUUGUUGAUAAAAAAAAUGAAAUGUUAGGCUAGAAAUGGAAGUGUAAUUAUGAUUAUCAUUAUGAGUAUCAUCACAUCUCUUUGAUUUGAAGGUAACCUUUUACCAAGGUUACGAUGGAGGAAGAAGUGCAAGUUUUGUGGCAAGUGCAAAGUCAACAGUCACAUGAUGGAAAUGUAAAAUGCCAAUUUAGGUAAAUAGUUUAUAGUCUAAAAUAUGUUAAAUAAAAGUUAAAUAACAUUUAAUAAUGUAUUUUGCAUCGCAAUUUUGAAUAAUAUUCGACUUAAUAUUAGUAUUUAUAAAUCUCAAUUUAGGAUUAUCAAGACCUGCAGAAACCCUGCUGCACAUUUCUCAUACAUAUGCAAUAGCUAACCUGGAAAAUAAUUUUAAUUUACCACACGCCCCUGAUAGUGGGAAUCACUUCCCUACAGAGCUCUGCUCUGGCUAACAGACAUUGUAAAUACAGCUCACAUGCAUGGAAGAAAACACAUUUAAUGUUUGUUUUUGCAUUUUGCUGGUGCAUACUUUACUAUUUACAGACAUUAAAAAGUCAUUACCAGUGCGGUUUCACUGACAGACAUUUUAAUUUAAUGUAGUGCAUUCAUUUGGAAUAAUAGGUCUUUGUUAUUUUACUGCAGGACUUGAUGGUAUUGAUGUAUUUAAUUUGAUUGAUUGAGUUGAUUUGUUAUCUUAUUUAUAUACUUGUAAUCUUUUUUGUACAUUUCUUUCUAUAUAUAGGGUUGCCUUUUUGCAACAACAAACUGAAUUUGAACUUAAUAAUUAUGUUUACACAAAUGUGUAAGAUGAUCUUGAGUGUGUGGGUAUUUUUACUUCCUUUUACUUCUUAAUAACAACCGGGCCUAUCCUUGUGGACACUGUCCACAGCAGCAGGGAUGGAUAUCUCAUCGCUCUGUCAUGUAUGUCAAUUGAGUUUGACAUUUUGCCAAAAUUAUUGUCACCUUCCAGAGUAACUACAAGGGUUAAUGGCUGCAGCUUUGACAGCGCAUGCUAACAGGGUUCAAAAUCCGUCCCUGCUGAAGCACACCAACCACACUCGAAACACUUUAAAAGAAACUGACCCACAAUGUCUCUGUACAAAACCAGAGGGCAGGGUGUGUAAGCUGGAAAAAACUGUGAAAAAUAAAUGCAGUGCGUACGGACACCUCUGAUGUUUGAAGAGUAGCGUACACUGAAGCGGCUCCCCAGCUGCCAGCACUGUUUCUGCACUUACCCACUGAGUUUGUUUCUCUCUUUUGUAAAAGAAAAAAAAAAUAAUAAUGAACUAUGUGAAGUUGGACUGAGGUGAUGCUUUGACAGCAAGAGACAGAGAAGAUUGGUGAGCACAGAUCGGCAGUCUCUGCAUCAAUGCCUCUGAUCAGAAAAAAAUCUAAAAAAGGAAAAAUAACAUCUGCUGAGUGAAUGGAAGCCUCAGACAGGAGGGAGUGACAAUCACAGACUGCUCUACUUUCUCUCUCUUAUUCAAGUGACCUACUGUAUGAUAGAUUAUUCAACCAAUUUUUCCUCUUCUAUGCUGCCUAUACUGUAUGUGAUAGUCUUAAACUCUGGUCCUUAGAAGUGCUACUUUUUUUCCUUUGCUUUCUUAUUUUGUAAUAUAACAGCAAGAGGAAUGAACACGAAUUGGUGUAAAAAUGUGAAUAAGCUGCUGGAAGAAAUAACCAUUGUUAACUGCUGUGUCCCAGACUGUGUCUGUGUUUAGAGAUCUGUUCUACUUCUUCAUGUUUGAAGCAGAGGGCUGCAAGUUGGGUAGGUUGAAUAUGACAUUCAGUGGCCCCAGGGAUGCUGAACGACUUUUGAUUAUUCGGUUUUAGUAUCUGUCUGUGUGUUCGUGUGUGUAAAGGGCUGACUGAUUUGCAGCAUUCAGACCAAAUCCAAGCUCAAAUGUAAUUACACUCAACAGAGGAAGCAAACAUUGAUUUAUAGUUAGUCUAUGCCAGUUUUAUGAUAGAUGACUGGAACUUGUCAUGUAGAAACAUGGUUGGUUUUAUGGCAGCUACAAUUAAUAGAAUCAAUCAAUUGCUUCAUUUAUAACAACAAGCAAACAGCCUUUUUGCCUAUCAGCAAUACCGACAGAAAACUCCUCUUCCUUGUCUCCUCACUUGACUGUAUUUUUGGCCAGAGUCACAUAUUUCAAAUACAGUGCACGCACAUAUCAAGUUUGGAAAUGUUUUGAUCCAUAUCACAUUUAUUAUAACCACACCCUACUCUCUCUGUCACAACCUUAACUUCAGACUUUGAUCUAAUCGGGUUGAAAUAUUGCAAAGGUCAUCUCCGAGAUUACUUUUGUGCUUGGAUGCUCUGAAGCACCUAGAAGAAUGUAAUGCAUAAAAACUGCUUCUUAGGAAAAGGGAAAAUUCAAACUGUGCUUCUUAAAGUGUCUUUUCUUUUUUCUUUUGUUCUUUACUUUAAUUUUUUUUUCUAUUCUGUAUCCACAGCGACAUGUGUUUGAAGAGUUUAGGGUUUAUUAGGCACAACUUCAAGUUAAAAAGACUUUUAACAAAUAAAAAUAUAAGGAAUGUAGCAGCCCAAAUAUUCACGUGUGGGUCAUGCGUUAUAUUUUACAUGGCAUACAGAAAAUAUCCAUAUCACCCAUUUGUGCCAUGUUGGUGAACACACACACAAACACACAAUAAACAGAACCUGGAUGGUUGCGUAGAUGUCAGAUGGAAAACCUAAUAUAGUAUUUAGUCAUGAUGGUGAUGAUGAUAAUGUGACUUGUUUUCUGAAGGUGGACCAGUCUGUUGUGAUACUAUGUAAUUAAUAAAAAGUGUUAUGUCACAUCAAGAA